UCACUCAGCCACUGUUUUGACUGUGAGCUAUCGCGCUUGAAACCGUUCUCAGUCAUUGUCGUCAGAGAGAUUUCCCUGAUUUCAUCGGUUGUUCGAUCAUCUUCUGCCAUGGCUCUGCGCAUACUUGCAAUCUUGACGGUACUGACACUGGUGUUGACCAGCUGGGUUGGCACGGCAGAGGCGGUGUCAGGCACUACUAUCGCCAACAAAGCAAAGGCCUACGCCAAUGCAGGCAGGACUGAUUGGACAUUUGCUGCGGCUCACCCCGACGCUGGUGGGUUCUUCAGUGAUGGGAGAAACACGAACAAAUGCAACCUCUUUGUGGCAGAUGUGCUUGAGGCGGUUGGGGCAACGGUCCCGCAUAGAAACUGGGGUUUUUCUGGCCCUAUCGGUGCAGGGGAGUGGGGCAGCUCAUCUUCCUCUUACUUGACAAGCGCAUCGUGCUGGGAGUAUAGAUCGAGUUCAUGUACAGGCUGCGUCAUCGGAGAUGGAAGACACGUUGGGAUUGUGACCGGAUGGAGAGAAACAACCAGUGCCACAGAUACCCAACUUGUGUCCAACGACUGGGGUUUUCGCGCAUCUGGAUCUGGAAGCAGUUCUUCUAUAACUGCCUUUUGGAAAUACGUUUGUUAAGCUCUCAGACCCACGAGGCGUUUUGCGGGGACCUAGUCAUUAUAACCUCCACUGCUAUUCGCGAAAAAAAGUAAAACACGAAAAAGAAGAGGAGGAAAACAAAAAAGCUUUCAUAUAAUUAUAAAUCUUCAUGUGUGUCGUAGAAUAAUCGAAGCUAAAAGUGGGCGUAGUUUGUUGCAGAAUAUGUGGGGGGGGGGGGGGGGGCAUUAACAGAUGUUCAAAAAAUGAGAUCUUCGAAAAUUAUGUCAUUUAGCAUCAUUACUAAUUAUAUACUGAAUAUUGCGAGAACAUCACAUCCGGAUAUCCAUUUACUCAUUUCCUUCAGUCCGUCUGAAUUGUGUAGUUCUUAAUCUGACGCUCGCACAGAAGCAAUGCAAAGGGAUCCCGGGUCAAAUUUGACUCGGAUGCUGGGUUACCGGGGUGGGAUGGGGUGGGGGGGGGGUCUGAAACAUUUCUUGAGUCAGAAUGACCAUGAAACUAUAAUUAAGAAAUGUAGAUAUCUUCUGUAGACAAAGUUUUUGGCCAUGACUUCCUACUCGCUAUAAUUUACAUUAUACUGGUUGGGAACAUAGGAUUUCUUUAGUUUGUAAUUAGUCUCCUUCAAAUGAUUUUACCUGCUAAAUAUAGAAAUGUGAAGUUCACAUGCUCUUUUCAUUUAGCUCCUAAAGUUGUUACAACACUUAUUAGAGUGUGGACAUCACCUCACCGUAACUCACCGUCUUAGUUCAAGACGUCACUAUCUCAUACUCGUAACGGAACAUGAUAACCCGACAGAGGGCGCGACUUUCUUCUAGAAUUCUUAACACGCCUUAUGGUCAAGUUUUAAUAUGCCAAUUGUAUAAUUGUAACGAUGGUUGUUUUCUGUUAAAGAUUUUUAAACAAGACAAUAAAUGUGUGUGCUGCUUUUGCAAGGUUGCUGAUAAA